AUGAGGAUACUAACUUGGAAUGUUAAUGUACUGAGAACAUGUUUGGAUUACCAUCCAUUCAGCUCAAUGAAGAAGAAGAAUGUCGAAGGGUUAUUAGACGAGCUAGGUGCUCAGAUAGCUUGUUUUCAAGAACACAAGACUCCACGAGCGAAAUUAGAGAAGUCCAUGGCAAUCCCAGGUCCCUAUGAUGGAUUUUGGACUUUUCCCCGAUCCAAGACUGGUUAUUCUGGAGUAUGCACCUAUGUCGACGCAAGGUAUUGUGUACCGCUAAAAGCGGAAGAAGGUAUAACCGGGUUGUUGUUAGAUGAUUCAAAGGGAAGUACGAUGAAACCCCCUUGGACGCCUGAAGAGCGUAUAGGUGCUUAUCCAGAUAUAGACGGAAUGGGCUGGAUGGAUGAAGUCGAUGGGAAGGAGUUUGAGCCCAAGAAGCUCGACAUCGAGGGAAGAGCUGUGGUGUGUGAUUUUGGCCUAUUUGUUCUAUUCAACCUCUACUGUCCUAACGAGACCAACGAGACUCGUCGACCGUACAAGAUGAACUUCCUGAAAUGUUUACAAGAACGAGUCAGGUUGUUACAACAAGCAGGACAAGAAGUGAUCAUCGUUGGCGAUAUCAACAUCAUGAGAGCCCCGAUAGAUUCAGGUGAAGGUGGAAUUCGGACUUCGGCUGAACAGCAUUAUGAACAUCCCGCUAGGAGGAUAUUGGAUGAUUGGUGUGCUCCUAAAGGUCCCAUGGUGGACGUGGUCAGAGAGAGUUGGCCAAAUAGGGAUGAUAUGUUUACUUGUUGGAAUCAGAAGCUGGAUGCGAGAUCAGCAAAUUACGGAUCUCGUAUCGAUCUGAUAUUAUGUACACCAGGCCUACGCCCAUGGAUUAAAGGGGGCGAUAUCCUCAACAAGGUCUAUGGCUCAGAUCACUGUCCAGUCUACAUAGACCUACAUGAGAGCAUUGAUCAUCCUGAGAAAGGUGAACUGCACUUGAAAGAUAUGCUGAACCCACCUGAUCGACCACCAUCUACGGCUCCCGUUUACCCUAAUGAUAUACCGAGAGAAGCUCCCGAACCGCCUAGAUUUGCUACCAAGUUCUUCGAUGAGUUUUCAGGGAGGCAAACUACCCUCAAGAGCUUCUUUGGCGGUGGAGGGAACAAGAAGAAGGAUGUUGCUAUAGAUCCGACUCCAUCACCUACUCCUGCUACUUCCUCUAGGAGCACUGCUACACCCGUACCGUCUGAGAACACAUAUGCGGAGCCUCCUAUAGUAACACAGAAUACCGCAAAGACUUCCCCUUUACCCGAGAACGGCGCAAGUCUUGCCACUCCUUUCAGUUUAGCCCGAGCAGCCUUUGAUUCUAUCGACACGUCAACCCAAAUUCCCGCAAGCUCAAAUUCCAUCACAUUACCUUCACCUCCUCCAGCUAUCCAUGAAAUAUCCCCUCAGCGGAGGCGAUCUUCAAGAGAUGAUGCUAUAGAUAUGACACAUGACGACGACGAUAUCCAUAAACCCACCUCGAAUGCAAUAGCUGGUCCAUCAAAAUCGACUAUCAAACCAAAAUCUCACUCAAACAAAUUUCCACAAUUGAAAUCUGCUAGUACGACAGGUUCGCAAACCAAAUUAUCGUCUUUCUUCUCGCAACCUCCCACCUUGACAUCGAAACGGAAACCAUCUCCUUCUACUUCAUCUAUGGAUACAGUACAGCCAAGAACGAAAUCCGCCAGAAAGUCUAUAUCGUCUAUAUCACCUUCCACACCACCUUCAGUAUCUACGCAGAGUGUCAAUCACGAAGAGGUCCCGGGCGGAUGGACAGAGCAAGAAGAUGAACUGAUAAAUCAAGCUAUACUAGAAGCUGAGAAGGAUAGAAAAGCCAAGAACGAUUCUGCUAAACCUGUAUGGGGCGAACUAUUCGCUAAGAAAUUACCGCCGUUAUGUACGGUCCACAACAAACCUUGUAAAGAUUUUUUGGUAAUGAAACCUGGACCGAAUAAAGGUAAAAGAUUUUGGUUAUGUUCUUUACCUGUCGGAGCAGGAUAUGACACAGGAAGAAGUAAACGACCGAGAGAGGAUGUCAAUCGUAAUUUUCGAUGUGAUUUCUUUUUAUGGGAUAGUGCAAAUUCAAGGAAAGAGAAAGUAAAAGAUCUCAAGAACAAUGAAGGGGAGAAGGAAAGUCAGAAACUUCAUUAA